AUGUCCGAUCCCCAGACCUGGUUUGCGACAGGCGCAGGUGAUCAGGGUGGUCGUGUAUCACAAGAGGUCGAUCUAGGGGUUUUGUCCGGAUCCUCCUCAUCAUCGUCUUCAUGGGUUCUACGGCUCCAAAAUGCAAUCCUGACUGACCUGAAUGAAGCUGACGAGCUGAGUGGUGCAGCCAGUGAGGGCGCCGGAGGCAAGCAUGUAGACCGUGACGAUGCGGACGAGGAUGAUCUAGAUGAGCGUGAGCAAGAACCGCCAGGUACACAGGCAGUGCACACUUGCGAUCCUUGCCUUUUUCACUUCAGUGAGCGAGGAUGCAGGAGAGGAUCCGCUUGUAGCUAUUGCCACUUGGACCACCUUCAUGCACAUCGUCCUGCCCAGAGGCCUCGGAAGCAGACAAGAGACCGAUACAAACGAAAUAUUGUCCAACUAGUGCAAGGGCAUGAACAUCUCGAGGAAAUCCACGAUGAGCUUCAGGAGGCGGCACGAAAGAACCCCUACAUGCGCAACUUCAUUCAAGGCUUCCUGGAAAACUCAGGGUCAGUGGCAGUCGAGGCAGCCGAGGGGCUCUCAACAUCUGCCCCUGUCCCACGCAUUCCGGGACCUCAGCCGAAAGCCCCUCCGGGCGUGCGCAGCGAAGGUGCCUCGUCGAGUGGGUAUCCUUCGGACCCUGCAGCAAGUGGGGCAGAUGGUGAAGACGAUGCGCGUCAACCGGUGGCUUUGGAACGACGUUCCAUUUGA